GCAACAAUAUAGCAACAUUUCCAACAACUAUAACCCUGNGAGGCGAUGGCAGUCCGCAAGGCAUGGGAGAGCCCAUGGGCGGCACCAGGGAUGCUACGGACGGCACCCAACUAGGCAGCCAAGAUAAGGGCAACGCCUUGUCUUUUUUGGGCACUGGGCCUACUUGGUCAGGUGGAGGCUUCAACCAUUUGGGCGCCGACUGUGCUAGAGAGAUUGGGCGAAAUGGAGGGGCAUGA